AGUCAGAGCUGAUUUUUUUGUAGAAGUAAUUCUGAUUUCUCGAAGAAAACACGCAAGAAUAACAAAAAUGUCUAUAGUAUUAUUGACGCAACACGACGAAAAUAUCUACGACAUAUUCAAGGGCAAGGAGACCAAUGCCCGGCAGGUCAAAUUGAGGUACAAAACUCCAGCCGAUGAGGUGAAGAUCGUUUACCCGGAACUGCAAGUGGAGAAGAAGAAGUACGGCGUGAUGGGAGCUGCGAACUACGAUUUACCAGAUCCCCAUAAUUUUUUGAAAAAACGAUCAGGUAAGCCGUGCUACCCGAAGCCCAAGAGCAAGAAGGAGCCCGCCAAGCCCUGCAUGCCCCACAAGCUGCCCGACGUGCCCAAAACGAAGGAACUGGUGAAACUGUACAGCCUACCGAAGGACGAUAAAGAUUUCAUCGUGAAGAACAUAGACUGCGUGAAGGGCCAGCCCGGCAAGGAGCACGAGCCCUGCAUGGUGACAGACAAGUACGGCAACAAAGAACCAGCGAAGGUACUCGAACCGCUGUACGUUAAGUGCCCCACGUUCGGCCAAACGCCCCACUACCUGAAGGCGUUCCUGAGGCAACGGGAAAUCGCAUUCCAGAAAAUGAGGGAGGCUAAAGUGACCAUCCAGCCGAUAUGCAAGUACCUCACCAAGCACAGGAGAACCGAAUUACUCGAUGGCAUGAAACAGAAUUGGGAGGAGCUGCAGAAGCAGUUCCAAGGUCUGUCUAUAUGCACGGAUAUUCUGCCGAAGAUACUGCGAAAAUCGAAGCUGGAGAAGCAGCUGAGGCAGUUGGAGAGGGACAUUGUGCUGGUCGAAAGACAUCCUUACAUUUACGUGUACGACGAUGAAAUCGUGUAAAUUACGUUAUUUUAGUCAUAAGUGCGUUGCGAGAAGAUGGGGUUCGUUUCAGUCGAGGUGGGAGGGAAGCUAAAUUUAUUUUAAGAAUAAAGUACAAACGUGGUUUCGUGAGAAUGAUAAGAUGCCUUAAAUUUUGAAGCGUAUAUUGCACGGGCUUCGAUAUUCUAAACUUUUUCCCUUUUACAGAAAAGGCAUUGAAGUCUCUCUAAUUGUAUGUGUGUCUAUUAGUUUAAUAAAUAUAUAUAUGAAAUUUUGUGCCAAACCAAAUGUGGAUAAUGCAAAAGUAAUUUACAAUACUUUAUCCAGAUGUUUAAUUCAUUGGGUAGGUACUUAUCCCAUUGAAUUUUCUAAUAUUUUCG